AUGUUGCAUUGUAGGGGUAUAAUUAGGAAAUUUUACAGAAUUUUCAUUCGAACGAGGCGAGACUCUUACUGCCGAACUUAUUGACGUAGAAAUGUCACAGAAAUUUUAUAUUUAUUUAAAAUUUCAUCAAUUAUUAUUUUUAUAAUCAAACCAUCAAUUCUAUAUAUUUAUAUAAUUUUAAUUGUUAUAAUUAGAGGAAUAAUAAUUUUAUUUUCAUAUUUUAUUUUUUCAUGUUUAAUUAAUGUAUCAAAAAUAUAUAUAUAUAUAUUAAAAUGUAAAUGUAAUUAUUUAUUAAUAUAUAUUUAAUUAUAUUUAUGUCUAUAUUAUUAUCAUUAAAAGUUUAUUAUAAUUUAUUUAUAACAAAUUUUACAAUGAUUGAUAAUAAUCAUACUUAUUCAAUAAUUGAAUUAUUCAUAUUUCCAAAUUAUUAUAUUUUUCAAAUAAUUAUUUUAUUCAUAAUUUUAAUAUUAUUUACUUCAUCAAAAAUUCGUUUUAUUAAAAAAAAAAUAAUUUAA